GUCAGACUGCAACUCUGGGACACCGCUGGUCAAGAGAGGUUCCGUAGCCUCAUCCCAAGCUACAUCCGAGACUCUACUGUGGCUGUGGUAGUUUAUGACAUCACAAAUCUGAACUCCUUCCAUCAAACAUCCAAAUGGAUUGACGAUGUGAGAACAGAAAGAGGAAGUGAUGUCAUAAUAAUGCUUGUUGGAAAUAAAACAGAUCUGGCAGAUAAACGGCAGAUCACCAUAGAAGAAGGGGAGCAACGGGCAAAGGAGCUCAAUGUCAUGUUUAUUGAAACUAGUGCCAAAACAGGAUACAAUGUUAAACAGCUAUUUCGCCGAGUGGCUUCUGCACUGCCUGGGAUGGAGUGUACAGAGGAGAAGAGCAAGGAUGGCAGUAUCCUUUAUCAUAGAGGCUUUGUAACCUCAGAACCUGGUGCUUUUUAUAACCUCUGUAUUGAAUUGCUCCUAUAUUUUUCAGGAUAUACAUAA